CAAAAAUAUCUGAAAAUAUCCUUCUACUUUCGUUAAUUAGUUAAGUUUGUCUCUAAUUAUACUAAAUAUACCCUCACGUUAUCAAAAUCAACAAAAAUCUCUGCAAGCUGGCAGUCUUCUUACACAUGAAAUCUCUACUUUUCUCUGCAUAUGAUGUUCUAACAACAUGCCCUACACUUAAAACAUGCUUAAACCCCAUGUCAACUGUUCGAAAGACACCUCUUUAUUCAAACAACUCAUCACUUAUUCCCUCUUCUCCCUCCCAGACUCAAUCCCCUUCGCGAAAAUCCUAGAUUCUUGCCCUGGUGGAUGAGUUGUGAGUGGUCGUUCUCAUUGUUAUGCAUUCCCGGAUAUACCAGAGGCAGAGGCUUCCGAUACAGUUAUCACGACCAAGUCCCAACAUGUCAUAAAACACUCAAACAUCCUUAAACACCAUGUCAAAUGUCAAAAGACACCCCUUUAUUCAAACUGCUCAUUCCCUUUUCUUCCUCCCAAACUUAACCCCCUUCAUGAAAAUCCUAGAUUCUUGCAUUGGUAGAGGUGGCGGUAGAGGAGUUACAAGUGAUCACUCUUUUAUUGUUAUGCAUUCCCGAAUAGACUAAAGGCAGAGACUUCCGAUGCAGUUAUCACAACCAAGUCCCAACAUGUCAUAUAUAAACACUCAAACAUCAUUAAACCUCAUGUCAAAUGAUUUGUUUAUUCAAACAACUCAUAACUUAUUCCCUUUUCUCUCUCCCAAACUCAACUCCGUUCGCGAAAAUCCUAGAUUCUUGUAGAGGUGGUUUUCGGGUAGACCAGAGGCAGAGGUUUUGGAUGCACGACCAAGUCCCAACAUGUCAUAAACACUCAAACAUCCUUAAAUCCCAUGUCAAAUGACAAAAGACACUUCUUUACUUAAACAACUCAUAACUUAUUCCCUUUUCUCCCUCCCAAACUCAACCCCCUUCGCAAAAAUCCUGGAUUCUUGCAUUGGUAGAGGUGCACCACGAACCGGGAAAGGUAGCGGUAGAGUUACUCAUUGUUAUGCAUUUCCGAGUAGACCAGAGGCAGAGGCUUCUGAUGCAGUUAUCACAACUAAGUCGCAACGGGUCAUACACACUGUCCAUUGUCGAAUUAUCAAAACCCAUUUUAGCUCAGAGGUUUUCAUAAACAACAAGUUGAUAGACGGUUAUGGGAAAUGUGGGAUGUUAGAGUAUGCGAAGAAGGUGUUUGAUAAAAUGCCUGAGAGAAACACUUUCACUUGGAAUUCAAUGAUAAAUGCAUAUACAGUAUCAAGAUUGAUUUUUGAGGCCGAGGAGCUGUUUUGGUUAAUGCCUGAUCCGGAUCAGUGUUCGUGGAAUUUGAUGGUUUCAAGUUUUGCUCAGUGUGAAUUGUUUGAUUCGUCGAUGGAGUAUUUCGUGAGAAUGCAUAAAGAAGAUUUUGUUUUGAAUGAGUAUGCUUAUGGUAGUGGUUUAAGUGCUUGUGCAGGGUUGAGGGAUUUGAGAAUGGGAAUUCAACUUCAUGGUUCAGUUGCUAAAUCGAGAUAUUCGAGUAGUGUUUACAUGGGUUCUGCGCUUGUUGACAUGUACUCGAAAACGGGUAAUGUGGAUUGUGCAAGAAAGGUGUUUAAUGAGAUGUGUGAGCGUAAUGUGGUGUCAUGGAAUAGUUUGAUUUCUUGUUAUGAGCAAAAUGGGCCGGUGAAGGAGGCGCUUGAGGUAUUUGUUAGGAUGAUGGAGUUAGGGUUUAAACCAGAUGAGAAGACCUUGGCUAGUGUAGUAAGUGCUUGUGCAAGUUUGUGUGCGAUAAGAGAAGGUAAGGAAAUUCAUACACGAAUUGUGAAGUCGGAUAAGCUUAGGGAUGAUCUUAUUAUAUGCAAUGCGUUGGUUGACAUGUAUGCUAAGUUUGGGAAAAUUGCGGAAGCUAGAUGGAUUUUUGAUAAGAUGCCAAUCAGAAGUGUGGUGUCACACACGUGUUUGGUAAGUGGUUAUGCGAGACUUGCAAGUGUGAAGACUGCGAGAGCCAUGUUUAUGGGGAUGAUUGAAAGGAAUGUUGUGUCUUGGAAUGCUCUUAUUGCUGGAUAUACACAGAAUGGGGACAAUGAAGAGGCAUUAAAUCUCUUUCUUAUGCUAAAGAGAGAAAAUGUUUGGCCAACUCAUUAUACGUUUGGGAAUCUUCUCAACGCAUGUGCGAAUUUAGCUGAUCUGAAGCUUGGUAGGCAGGCUCAUGCACAUAUUUUGAAGCAUGGAUUUCGUUUCCAGAAUGGACCCGAGCCUGAUGUUUUUGUGGGAAAUGGUCUAAUAGACAUGUAUAUGAAAUGUGGAUCAGUUGAAGAUGGUAGCUGUGUAUUCACAAAAAUGGUGGAUAGAGACUGGGUUUCAUGGAAUGCCAUAAUAGUUGGAUAUGCACAAAAUGGACAUGCUAUGGAAGCGCUUGAAACUUUCAAGGGUAUGUUAGUAUCCGGAGAGAAGCCAGAUCAUGUGACUAUGAUUGGAGUUCUCUGUGCAUGUAGUCAUGUAGGAUUGGUUGAGGAGGGACGUAAAUAUUUCUAUUCCAUGGGCACGGAGUAUGGGUUGACACCGUUGAAGGACCACUAUACAUGCAUGGUUGAUUUACUUGGUAAGGCUGGUCGCUUACCAGAGGCAAAGGAUUUGAUUGAGUCCAUGCCGAUGCCUCCUGAUAGUGUUGUAUGGGGGUCUUUGCUUGCGGCAUGUAAAAUUCACAAGGAAAUUGAGUUGGGAAAGUACGUGGCCGAGAAGCUUUUGGAGAUUGAUCCUACAAAUUCUGGCCCUUAUGUUCUUCUAUCAAACAUGUAUGCUGAACAAGGAAGAUGGCAAGAUGUCAAAAUGGUCCGAAAACUUAUGAGGCAGCGAGGCGUUGUUAAACAGCCUGGCUGCAGUUGGAUUGAAAUACAAAGCGAGGUUCAUGUUUUCAUGGUGAAAGAUAGGAGACACGCGCAGAAAAAAGAGAUUUAUCUGAUAUUGAAUACACUAACUAAAUUUAUGAAGCUCUCUGGCUAUGUACCGAAUGCUAGUCAUUUGGAUGCUGAUGAGGAGCAAGUCAUGUUGGGUUUUUCCUCAUCUGAAGAGUUUGAAGAACCUGUAAUAGCUGCCAUUGCAUGCUAAAUUGCGGGGACCCUUCACUUUCGAUGUUGCACCCAUGUUGGAUUAUCCUAAAAUACACUGCUUUUAGAGAAUCCGACGCAUGCCCGUUGACAUUUCUGAAGAAUCCGAACGACAUAGAUUGCAUGAUGUUCAAGGUGAAAUGGAAAUUGCUAGUUCCCUGUACUUGUCUAGAAAGAGUUGCACAACAUCUGUAGCCAUAAUACAUUGAUGGGCACUUUAACUUGGCCUCCGAUGGUAGUUGAACACCCCAACUUUUAUUGUGACCGUCUAGACAUUUCAACUUGAUAUAGGUGCAUCUCGUGAAUACCUUAGCAUAAAAAAUGCACAUCUAGAGUUCUAGACAUAUUUAAGGGGGUGCAUUCUCAAAGUUGGAAUGUUUACGCGGCCACUUAAACCGAGUUAAGAUAUUUAGAUGUACAUUUUCAAAACUGGGUUGGGGUGUCUAGUUGUCCGUUGAAACCAAGUUAAGAUGUCUAUCUAUGUAUUAUGGGUAUUUUUUUUAAUGUAUCCUCCCCAUAUGCCAAGGGAAACAGAGAUCAGAGCACAUUAGCAAAUGUAAUUUAGAAAAUGUUAUCAGAAUGUAUCUCACUUAAACAAAUUUUACGUAUU